UUCGAGCUUUCAGCUCGGCAAUUACCCCUCGCCGUCCUAGUCCUAACCAUAAGCGCUCGUACGGACCAUUCGCCGGCAGCCCUCUUUCCUUUUUUGCCCCCGCCUUUUCCGGCCACCACUCCGCCGCGUAACCGCCGUACGAAAACCCGAACCGCCUUUUCUCUCUCCUCCGCCGUAGAAAUGCUCUCUCUCUCUCCUCGACCUUCCGCCACUGCACUCCAUGGCCUCCUCCUCCGAAACCGCCCCAUCCUACGACUCCACCCGCCUCUUCCUCGCCGCCACCGACAAAACCUCCGCCACGCUCCCUCCGCCGCCGCCCGACCUCCCUCCCUCGAAGCUCAUCCCUCACACCCGCUUCCUCGUCGACGCCUUCCGCUUCGCCGGCGACCACUCCGUCUCCUACUUCCUCUCCCACUUCCACUCCGACCACUACACCGGCCUCUCCCCCGCCUGGUCCCGGGGCGUCGUUUUCUGCUCCCCCACCACCUCCCGCCUCCUGAUCGAGGUCCUCGGCGUGCCCGCCGCGCUGGUCGUCAGCCUGCCGGUCGGGGAGGCGGUCUCGAUCGAUGGCUGCGAGGUCAGGCUCGUGGACGCCAACCAUUGCCCCGGCGCGGUCAUGUUCCUGUUCAAAGUCCCGGGAGGUGGUGAUGGUGAGUUCCGGAGGUAUGUGCACACGGGCGAUUUUCGGUUUCGUGAUUCGAUGAGAUUAGAGCCCGGUUUGGGAGAGUUCGUGGCUUGCGACGCGAUUUUCUUGGAUACCACGUAUUGUAAUCCGAAAUUUGUGUUCCCUUGUCAGGAAGAGAGUAUUGAUUACAUAGUUAGUGUCAUAGAGAGAGUUGGAGGUGAAAAUAGGGAUUCGGCGAAGAGCAUUUUGUUCAUCGUGGCGACUUAUGUCAUAGGGAAAGAGCGGAUUUUGCUCGAGGUAGCGAGGCGGUGUGGUUGUAAGGUGUAUGUGGAUGGUAGGAAGAUGGCGAUUUUGCAUGCUUUGGGGUAUGGCGAGAGUGGUGCAUUUACGGAGGAUGAAAGUGAAACUGCUGUUCAUGUUGUUGGGUGGAAUGUGUUGGGUGAGACAUGGCCAUAUUUUCGACCUAAUUUUGUUCAGAUGAAGGAGAUUAUGGUAGAAAAAGGAUAUAAUAAGGUUGUGGGCUUUGUGCCCACUGGGUGGACUUAUGAAGUGAAGCGAGAUAAGUUUGCCAUAAGGAAGAAAGAUUCAUUCGAGAUUCAUCUUGUACCGUAUAGUGAGCAUUCGAACUACAAUGAGCUAAGGGAGUUUGUAAAGUUCUUAAAACCAAAGCGUGUUGUUCCUACAGUUGGCUCGGACAUUGAGAAGCUUGACAGCAAGCAUUUUCAUAGAGUGCAAAAGCAUUUUGCCGGAUUGCUUGACGAGACAGCCAACAAGAAAGAGUUCUUGAUGAAUUUCCUCCCAAGGUCCUCUGAGAAAGAGGACAUAGUUGGAGAAGUAGUUGCUACUGCUUCAAGUGAUGCUUUGAUGCGAGAAAAAGAGGAGAAUUUAUCAAAGGAAGAUCUUAGCGAAACUUUGGAUCCAAAAUCUGUUUUAGGUGAAACAACUGAUCUCAAAAAAGGAGGUUUUGAAGAGUUAGAUUUGCCUUCGGAAGAGGGUGAGAAGGAAAUUCUACAGGCCCUCCAAGAUUGUCUUCCAGCAUGGGUUACUCGAGACCAGAUGAUAGGCCUAAUUAACAGCACAGGGAGGAAUUUGGUUGAUGCAGUUUCUAAUUUCUAUGAAAAGGAGACUGAAUUCUACCAACAAGUUUCUGCUUAUGCUUCUGCUUCUUCUUUGCGGGCAUCCGUUAUGGGUUCAGGUGAUGUCCAUUCAUCACCUUCAGCACCAGAUUCUGAAAAGGGCAGCGCCUGUGGAACGAGAAGUACGUUUAGCAAGGACUACAAGUUGUCAACCGUGCAAUUAACCAUGACCAGCAAGUCUCCUGGAAAAAAGAAGAGAAAUGUUAGUAGUAGCCCUAAAAAGAAGCAGAAGAGCGCACCAAAAAAAUUGGAGUCAAGUGGAUCAGGACAAUCUAGAAUAACAAGGUUUUUCACUAAAAGUGUUCCCAACAGCAGUUCUCAAGAUGGUGGAGUUGAACCCAACUUCCAGCCAUGCUUUAAAGAUGAUAAGUUUUCAAGCUCAUAUUAUGAUAAAAUAGAUCAGUUUAUUCAAAUUGUUAAUGGUGAUGAUUCCUUAAGAAGCUAUGCUGCCAGCAUCUUGGAAAAAACAAAAGGAGACAUCGACAAGGCUCUGGAUGUAUAUUAUCGUGAUACAGAGAGUAGACCUGUAGACAAUAAUGACAUUUCAGUUGUUACUGUGGCCCCAAGUCAAUCUGUCACCACUAGUGAUGGUAAAUUCACCACAGGCCAAAUCACACUGUCAGAGAAAUCAGGAAGUGUGGCAGCUAUUUCAGUGGAGCGUCCAUUAGCUGAAAUAUGCACAGAUUUCGUGUCAGUUCCACUUGAAAAGUAUAAUCCUAUUGAGCACGCUUCCUGGAGACGUGGAGAGCCCGCUCCUUACAUACAUCUUGCACGGACUUUUGACCUUGUUGAAAGGGAAAAAGGCAAGAUAAAAGUUACAUCCAUGCUUUGCAACAUGCUCAGAAGUUUGUUGGCUUUGUCACCUGAGGAUGUUUUACCUGCUAUGUAUCUCUGCACAAACAAGAUUGCUCCUGACCACGAAAAUAUGGAGCUAAAUAUUGGUGGAAGCCUGGUCACAGCAGCCAUUGAAGAUGUCUGUGGAGCGAAAAGGUCUAAAAUAAGGGAUAUGUACAACAGAUUGGGUGAUCUUGGUGAUGUCGCCCAAGAAUGCCGACAAACACAAACUUUUCUUGCCCCGCCUCCGGUGCUGCUGAUUAAAGAUGUUUUCUCUGUGCUAAAAAAAAUAAGUUUGGCCACUUGGUGGAUUCUCUCUCUUCUUUCUCAAGUGAAGUUUAACAGUUUCCAAACAGGGAGUGGAAGCAAUGUCCGCAAAAAGAGCCUUAUUGUGAGUCUCAUGCGAUCCUGUAGGGAGAUGGAGAUGAAAUUUAUUGUAAGAACCUUGGUUAGGAAUCUAAGGAUUGGAGCAAUGAUGAGAACUGUUCUGCCUGCAUUUGCUCAAGCUGUUGUAAUGAACUCAUCUCUUGAAGACACAUCACAAAAGUUGGAGAAGAUUCAGAGCCUUUCUGCCUACAUACUUGAAGCAUAUAAUGUUCUUCCUAGUUUGGAUUUGAUUAUACCUUCUUUAAUGAAGGAAGGAAUUGAAUUUUCUUCCUCGCAUUUGUCGAUGAUCCCUGGAUUGCCUAUAAAGCCGAUGCUUGCAAAAAUUACCAAUGGAUGUCCAUCAGUAUUGAAACUCUUUGAAAGUAGGGCCUUCACGUGUGAAUAUAAAUAUGAUGGUCAACGUGCUCAGAUUCACAAGCUAGCUGAUGGAUCUAUCCGCAUUUUUUCAAGAAAUGGAGAUGAGACAACUUCUAGAUUUCCAGAUGUGAUUGCCAUAAUUAAGGAAUCGUGUAAGCCUUCUGCUGUGACUUUCAUAUUGGAUGCUGAGGUAGUUGCUGUUGACCGGAAGUGCGGAUGCAAGCUCAUGUCGUUUCAGGAACUAUCUUCACGAGAGAGAGGGGGUAGAGAUUCUUUGGUUUCAUUGGAUAGCAUUAAGGUUGAUAUCUGCAUAUUUGUCUUUGACGUCAUGUUUGCAAAUGGAGAGCAGCUACUGGGUUUCCCUCUCCGUGAAAGACGUAAAGUCUUGCGGGAACUUUUCAAUGAUGAGAAGAAGGGCUUUUUUGAAUAUGUUAAGGAAAUGACUGUGGAUGCCGAGGAUUCUCAUUUGGAUAGAGAAGAUACAUUGACUAGGAUGAACUUGUUGCUUGAAGAUGCACUCCGUUCUUCAUGUGAGGGGAUUAUGGUAAAAUCAUUGGACAUCGAUGCUGGAUAUUCUCCAUCAAAACGUGCUGAAACAUGGUUGAAGGUAAAGCGGGACUAUGUAGAAGGAUUGGGUGACUCUCUAGAUUUAGUCCCAAUUGGUGCCUGGCAUGGUAAUGGGAGGAAAGCAGGAUGGUACAGUCCAUUCCUGAUGUCAUGUUACAAUCCUGACACAGAGGAGUAUCAAAGUGUAUGUCGUGUAAUGUCUGGGUUUUCUGAUUCAUUUUACAUUGAGAUAAAAGAGUUCUUUUCGGGGGACAGGAUCUUGUCCAAGAAGCCACCUUAUUACAAAACAGCGGAGGUGCCUGAUAUGUGGUUCUCUCCCGAAGUAGUCUGGGAAAUUAGAGGUGCAGACUUUACUCUGUCACCUGUCCACCAGGCUGCUGUAGGUUUUGUUCAUCCUUCUCGCGGCAUUUCUAUGCGAUUUCCCAGAUUUAUUGGGUGUGUGUCGGAUAGAAAUCCAGAAGAUUGCAGCACAGCAGCUGAUAUUGCUGAGAUGUUUCAGUCACAGAGUAGGAAGAUGGACAUGAGCUCUACGGGUUGAAGUUAAACCAUUUUGCAGUUUCGAGGGUAAGGAACCAUACACACGUGUGUGUAUCCUCAUCCAUUUCAUCGUCUUUUAGUGGCCAUUUUCGGAGUAGGCCGCCUAUUUCAUGCUAUCAUAUGUUUCAUCUAUCUGUCUUGUGGCUUCUGAUUAGAUUGGCAGCAGUUGUUCAUGGACAGGAAGUACUGAAAGUCAUAGCUGAGCAGCGGCGGGUUGAUAUUUCACUUGCAGAUGGUGUAAAUAGUUUCUGUAAAGAAGAAAUUCAGGAAGAUUACGUCAGUGUCUAAUUCAAUAUGAUGCCCACGAGUCACACGGGAUCUUUGUAACUGUUAGGUGCUCUACUAGCACUUAGGUCAAGACUUUAGCAGCAUCCCAGCCUCGUUGCGUGGGGUUACAGCUUGUUAGUGUCAUGCCGAGUGUGUUGCGUUCGGCUCCUUUUUUUUUUAACAUAUAAGCAGCAGUUAGAUAAAUGGAUAGGCCGAAAUGGCAAAAAUUUGGUACAGAUUGGUGUCCUGGAGAGGAUGUAACCAUGCGUGUACAGGCGUAUCACUGGGUAUACAAGAUGCAUUCCUCUACUUUAUCCA